AUGUCUUGGUUCCGCGCGCUCAGUUUCGGGAUAAAAGGAUAUUGUGAUUUUACGCGACCCGCAUUUAUCAAAGCGCAGAAAACUUUCAAACCCCUCCAGGAUGAUUUAACAGGCAAAGUUGUCGUCAUUACUGGCGGAAACUCGGGCAUUGGAUUCGAAGCGGCUAUUAAACUCGCUAAGAUGGGUGCAGAAGUCCACAUUGCCUGUAGGUCUCCCGAGCGAGGCCAGAAAGCCCUGGACGAAAUUAUUUCCCGAGCUCAAGUUUCCGCCGACAACGUUAAGCUCCACAUCUUGGAUGUUUCCAAAUCGGACACUGUUCAUACAUUUGUGAAUGACUUCACCGAACACCUUGGAGGACGGAAACUGUACGCUCUGGUGAACAAUGCAGGCUGUAUGGUAGACCGUGCAGAGAACUUGUUCGGGUAUGAAAUCAACUUUGCGACGAAUACACUUGGAAUGUACAUUUUGACGAAGGGAUUUAUCGAAACACAAGCGCUUGCGGAGGGAUCGAGAGUUGUCACAGUAACAUCGGGAGGAAUGUAUAGCCAGGCGUUGGAGCUUGAAGACAUGCAGUGGAAAAAGUCUGGGUUUGAUGCGACCAAAGCUUAUGCCAAGCAUAAACGACAACAAGUAGUCAUUACAGAUGUCUGGGCGAAGAAGCAUCCAUCGAUACAGUUUUUGACGACGCAUCCUGGUUGGGCGGAUACUCCUGCGCUCAGAGGGGCAAUGCCAGAUUUCCAUGAAAAGAUGAAGGAUAAGCUCAGAACGGCAGAAGAAGGGGCUGAUUGCAUCGUUCACGGAGUAGCGUCAAAACCAGAAGACCUUGGGCCAAACGGCAGCUUUUACACAGACAGAAAGGCGGCCAGUAAACACCUAACUCUGGCAUUUACUCAAGAAUCAUCAGCAGAUGCGUCUCGUCUAGAAGAGCUUUUAGAUGAAAUGUAUGAACGGACGAAGAAAUCACCAUCAUAA